ACGUAUGUGCAAGAAGGUUCGCUGGCGGUUUCCACUUGUGCGUGGCUCCGGCUCCGCGGUCGCGUUCGGUGGCUUUAUUCUUCCUGCAGGCGUUUCCUCUGGUGUCGGCAUGAGCUGUACGCCUUACACCACCCUGACUGAGGAAAUUAGUCUGAAGCGAGGCGCUUCAGGGUUGGGAUUCAAUAUUAUUGGAGGAACAGAUUACCAGCCCAAUUGUAAGGACAGUGCAAUCUACGUGAGCAAAAUUAAACCUCAUGGACCAGCAGAUCUUGAUGGACGGUUAAAGGAACAAGACCAAAUCUUAGCAAUCAAUGGGCGAGAGCUUGCCAAUGUGACUCAUCAGGAGGCGGUGGAAAUAUUUAGAAAUUCUGGUGAUGUGGUGACACUAUUGGUUUCAAAAAAGGUAAUCAAGAAUAAUCAAAGCAGCAAGUUAACUUUAUCACCAGUAGUAAUGGCAGUACUGGGUUUUACAGUGUUGGCAAUGUGUAUAUAUGUGAAAUAUCGCCGUAGGUUAUGAAGAUACAAAUUUUACUUUUCUUUUAAAGUAGGCCAAAAAUUUCAAUGCACACUUCACUGCUGCUUAUUUGUAUGCCUAGCCAAAUACUGACUUUAAAAUUUAUUAACUACCAGAGAAUCUUAGAGAAUGGAAACAGUAAUGGAAUUCCAGAAUCAUAGAUAGGUUACAAUGAUCUUUUAAUAAUAUAGCAAAUAAUGAAGUAUGUUAUAAAUUACAUACACUAAGUCCUCAUUAUUCACAGGGGGUAGGAGUAUGGACUUCUUGUUCAUAACAAAAAAUUCAAGGAUGCCAUUAGACAAAGCACUCCCCAAAUAUAUGCAAAUAUAUUCUUAAUAACAUUACCAUGUAUUAAUGCACACAAAAGUUUCUAAAUACUGAAAAAGAAUUAAUUAUUUGCUAAUAAAGUAAUUUCAGUAACAAGCAGUGAUUGGUUUGAAAAAAGCAAGGUGCAGCUACGUAAUCAAAGGCUGCUGUAUAUUAGGGAAGUACACAACAAGGCAUACUUAACACAAGUUGUCACAAAACUGAUUACUAUUUAUACAGAUAAUACUUGGUUCCUUAACAGGAACAUGAAUAUAAGUAUAUCCAAAAAAAUUAAGAUGGAAACUGGGGUUAACUUUGUGAAUAUGUAGAAAAUUGAAAGAUUCCGGUCCAAACAGUGCGAAGCUGCGGUCUCCAUUUUGCUCAGACUUAGUUGUUUUUUUUAGGUCCGUAGCGUUGCUUUUAGUGACGGAGAGGGGAGUUUGGGGUCAGGUUAGGGUUUAGGGACAGGGAUAUAGGGGCAUUAGAGGUCAGUUCAUAGUCUCUGCCUCCUCUCUGCAUUUUAGGCCAGCAAUGUGGACAUCUAUGGCUGGAUGUUGGGCAAACAAACACUAUAGACGAAGACUGCUGUUGACACCACUUGUGCAAACUUCCAGGUCAGGGAGUUCCCCAGUGUUGGUUGGUACAGAGUUUUGAGGUCAAGGGGCAGGAGCCAUGAGGGUUCAUGACUCCCUAGCUGCAUGGGUUGGCAAAUUUGGGGUUUGAGGCCUGGAAUUAAGUUCCAUCAUAGAGUCUGGAGUUUGGGAUCCUAACAAUGGCAAGACCAGGGGUCGGUACUCAAGGUCAAAAACUAAAGGUCAAUCAGAAGUCAGAAAAUCGAGGCCUGAUGGCUGAUGUUCUGGGUCCUCCGGGGAAGUCUGAGGCCUGAUAUCUGUGAGUCUGCUAUAGGCCUGGAUCAACUUGUUCUGGGGUUGGAGGACUGUGUUUGGUGGGUGGUUGAGUAGGAGGAAAAGGGCUUGUUUUGCUGCUGUUUUUGUUGCUUGUGUUGUUCUGCUGAGCACUAUGGGCAUGCUCUGAUGGCACCAGAAUGUGCGGUGACACUUGCAAACUACCCCCAGGACAUCCUUAGCUUGUGUUGGUUGUUAACCAAAACGAAGUAUUUGAUUGUAUGCUUCAGUGUACUUGUGAUAUGAAUCUACAGAUGGCAUCUCCUCAGAUAAUGAGGACUAAGUGUACUGAUUUUUUUUAAAAUGGGUUUGAUAAAAGUUAAGCAAGGGUGAUGUUUAAGGAAAAAUUUUUAAGCUAAAUGACAUGCAAAAAAUAUCUUAAUUUGAUCAAAUUCAACAUGUACGUGCUAUAUCUGAGAAAAAUUACUUCAUUACAUUCAGUUUUAUUAUCUAUAUUCUUGACAGAUGAUAUGCUCCAGGAACAGAUUAGCCUUUUUAAAACAGCAUGCAUGCAGUUGAGAAGUUCAUUAUGUCACCUGCAGGAAUAUAUUAAGAUAAAAUCUCAUUUCACUAAAUCUAGUAAAUAGUGUACAGUUGCAAGAAAAAAAUUUGUGAACCCUUUGUAAUUACCUGAUUUUCUGUAUUAAUUGCUCAUAAAAUGCGGUCUGAUCUUCAUCUGAGUCACAAUAAUAGACAAACAUAAUCUGCCUAAAUAAUAGCACACAAGCAAUUGUACUACUUUUUGUCAAUACUGAGUGCACCAUUUAAACAAUCACAGUUUAGGUUCAAAAAUGUAUGUGAAUCUCUGGGAUAUUGGUUUCUACAAAAGCUAUUUGGGGUCAGGUGUGCUGAUCAAUAAAAUGAGAUUGGAGGUGUGGGUUGUAGAGGUGCCAUGCCCUAUAAAAUAACACCACAAGGUCAGGUUACUGACAAAGCUUGCUCAUCUCAAGAAAGAUCUGUUGAUGCACAUCAUACCUUGAUCAAAACAGCUUUCAGAGGACCUUUGAAGAAGAAUUGAAGAGAUGCACGAAGCUGGAAAAGGCUACAAAAGCAUUUGUAAAGACCUGAGUGUUCAGCAGUCCAGUUAGAGAAAUUGGCUACAAAUGGAGGAAAUUCAGUACUGUUGCUACUUUUCCCUAGGAUUGGGCAUCCUGCAAAGAUCACACCAAGAGCACAACAUGCAAUGCUGAAGGAGGUGAAAAAGAACCCAAGGGUAACAGCAAAAGACCUGCAGAAAUCUCUAGAACUUGCUAAAGUCUUUGUUCAUAUGUCCACUAUCAGAAAAAUACUGAUCAAAAUGGGUGUUCAUUGAAGGACACCAUGGAGGAAACCACUGCUCUCAAAAAAAUACAUUGCAGCAUGUCUCAAGUUUGCAAAAGACCACUUGGAUGUUCAACAAUGCUUUUGGGACAAUGUUCUGUGGACAGAUGAGACAAAAGUUGAUUUUUUUUGGCAGAAAUGCACACUGCAAUGUUUGGAGAGAAAAGGGCACUGCACACCAACACUGAAAUCUCAUGCCAACUGUGAAGCAUGGUGGAAGGCGCAUUAUAGUUUGGGGCUGCUUUGCUGCCACAAGACCUGGACUGCUUACAAUCAUUGAGGGAACAAAUGAUUCAAAAUUGUAUCAAGACAUUUUACAGGAGAAUGUCAGGGUAGCGGUCCAACCCCUGAAGCUUAAUAGAAGUUGGAUGAAGCAACAUGACAAAGAUACGAAACACAAGAGUUAAUCAACAACAGGAUGGUUUAAAAAAGAAAAAAGUGAUUUGGAAUGGCUGAGUCAGAGUCCAGACUUUAACCCAAUUGAGAUGCUGUGGCAUGACCUGAAGAGGGCUGUUCAUGCAAGUUUGCCCAGAAAUUUUGAUGAUCUGAAACAGCUUUGUAUGGAGGAAUGGUGUAAAAUUCCACCUUACCAUUGUACAAAUCUGAUUAGAAGCUACAAGAAAUGUUUGGUGGAGGUUAUUGCUGCUAAAGGAAAUUCUACCAGUUAUUAAGUACAAUGGUUCACAUACAUUUUCCAGCCUGGAUUGUGAAUGAUUAAACAAUGUAUUCAAUAAAGACAUGAAAAAUACAAUUGUGUGUUGUUAGUUUGGCUAGAUUGUGUUUGUCUAUUAUUGUGACUUGAAUGAAGAUCAGACCACAUUUUAUGAAGCCAACCAGGUAAUUGCAAGGGGUUCGCAAACUUUUUCUUGCAACUAUAUUUUAAAAUCCUAAGAUCAUAUGGAUUAAAAUGUGAUAAAGCUUCUUUCACACAAGGUUCCAGUAUGUUACUAGGAUAAUUUAUGAAUUAAUGCAUUUUGAUGCUUUUUAAAAACUGAAUUAUCUUAAAUAUAAAAUAUUUGCAUUGUUAUUUAAGCACUUCCAUCUUCAUAAGCCUUAUUACAACUGAUUUGCUUAAAUUAUGUACUUUUUUAAAAAAUGAUCAGCUGACGUGUUGGUUGUUGAAUACUGAUCAGCUGAUAUAAUUUGCUUAUGGAAGUUUUUUCAAGAAUUUAGUGUAAUGCUUACAUUUAAGGGAACAGGAUACAGAUGUUUUAAAUGGUAUAAUUGUUUUUAAAAGAUCAUAGAAUUGUAUUAAUAGAAUAUGACAAGAAAUCUAAUGCUGGCUUUAUAAAUUUAUCUGGAUAUCUUAAUGAAAGGUGACAAUGUUGCAUCUCUGGUUUCAAAAUGAUUUCCACAAGUAGUUGGUAAAUCGAUAUCUGGGAAUAUAUCUUAAAAAAGGGUCUUGGCCCAAAAUGUCGACCAUCUGUUCUUUGCCAUAGAUGUUGCCUGACCUGCUGAGUUGUUCCAGAAUUUUGCCUGUGUUCCUCUUAUUUCCAUCAUCUGCAAACUGUCUCGUGUUUGUCAAUAUCUGGGAAGACUAUAUCUGCAUUAUUUUGAUCAGUUUUACUAAAAGACAAUGUUGGGCAAGUCCCUAGAAAUCAGCUUUUACACAUUAAUAUCACACAUUGGUUUUGUGAUUAUUUCAGAUAAAUUUGAGCAAAUUCUGAUUGCAGAACAAUUGUAAGUAAUUAGUUUUAUAUUUAAGUUUUUAUUUGAGAACUGUAGUCGAACUUCUUUUCAAGGUGCUAUUUGUCAAAGUUGGCAAUAGGCAAUUGACAAGUUUGCUUUAGUCUUUCCUCAGAUGCUUUGUCAAUGAGCAAUGCUGAAAUGAUAAAUUCAUGGCCUUAAUUGCUGUCUUUGUUGCAAGGGAAACAAGCCUAAGAUAUUCUUUGGACAGUAUCCUGUUAAGUUUUACAAAUUAAUUUUGUAAUUUAAUGAAACCUAAACAAUAUUGUAAUCCUUUUUCAAGGAAUUCAGUCCAAAAUGCGCCUACUUUGGGACUGCCUAUUCCCUUUUAAAAUUUAGAUUUUCAUAAUUCUCUUAACUGUUAGCAAUGUACACUAAUCAUACUUAAAAUAGUAUCUGAAAAUCUCAGCUAACACAAUUUCUGAAGUAACUGACAAACAUUUCAGGUCAGUGCAUAAGUGUUUCCAGAUGUGCUGUGCAAUUUCUGCUCUUUGUUUUAUCACCCUUAAGGGAGUUUAUUACUCUAUGGGGAAUAGAAGGCAUAAAAGAUGCUUUGAAUUUUCCAUUGCUAUUUAAAUGUGUAUGGACCAAUCCACUGAAGCUACUAUGUACCACUUUUACAAUCUUUUUUUCAAAUUGGUAGGCAGGAGGCAAUCUUGUUCUGCUUUGGCCUUUGUCUAUUACUGCCAUUAAAUUUAAGAUACUUAAUGAAAAUAUGCUGGAAAAUGCACUCUAGCUUAAAAUCCUUUUAAUUGUGUUUAAAAGAUGUAUUCAAAUAUUAUACCAACUAUUUAACUGGUGAUAUGAUUUAUAACAUUAUCUUCAUAUGGCACCCAAAUUAGAAUAAAUCCCCCCCCCCCCCCCACAAGGGGAUACCUGUGAUUGUACAUAGUUGGCCAACGGAAUCUACAUUGUGCUUUUUGAGCUAUGGCAUAAAAAAUUUUGACCCUUCGCCAUGUCUGGCUCUUUGAUCCAUGUGGUUUGAACAGCAAAGAGUUUUAUUUAUUGUAUUUAAUUUCUAAUUGAAUUAUUUGAGCUGUUUUAAUAGCAGCAGCAGGGAGUUUUCAUAAACUUUUCCAAAUAUCUGCUUUUCACAGUUAUGUGUUAUUUACACACUUUUCUCAAGCAGGAUCUUUUCCAUAGAAGACAAUCACAGAUUCUAAUUAUAGAUAUUUGAAAAUGACAACCUGCCUGAGGAAACACAAACUGAACACUAAAAUUUAGAAUUUUGAAUCAGAACAUCUUAUUUUCUACCUUGAUCAGGUUUCUGAUUCUUGUUCCAAAACAUUAUCUUUUGUUGUGUAACACUAACAGUGGUGACUGUUGUAGAUGGGGAUAUCCCUGUAUUUGCCCUUAUAUAAAGUGUUAUCAAAGUUUCCAUGCUGAAGUAAACAUGAGACAAUAAACAGUGUAAUAUACUGUAGAUAUACCCAUCUUCACGUGCUAACACCAUCAUUGUGCUGGUGAUAUUCUUUGAUCUUUGUAGCAUGUCAAUGUUUAAAAACAAAAACAGUCUACCUUGCUUUGCAACUGUUGAACUUCCUUAUAAGAACAUUUUUUUGUGGAUCUAAGAUAAUUCAGAGGUAUUUAAAUUGAACAAAAAGGUUGUAGCUUUUAUGACUUAAUAAAUGUUGCCACAUGAACUGGAAAAAUAUUUCAAACUGACACUUCCCAUGUACAAUUUUGAACAGAAAAGUUUUUCUAUUUUAAUAUUUCUCAGACUACAAACUCAGUAGAAUUGAGAUAUUAAAAUCAUAUUCACUUCUUUUCAAAAAUAAUGCCGUGAUAUUGCUGCCUAUAUUGACCAACUGUGUUAAUGCAAUUCAUUCUUAUACUAGUACUGUGGGGAUGAUGAAAUUUCUGCCUUUAUUAGGGAAGAGUUUCUUUAUUUUUAAAUGAGGUUUUAUAUCUAUUUCAGUAUAUCUUCACUUUUUCUAUUAAAAUGAAAAUAAAGCUGCCAGAGCUGACUGUUUUAAUUUACGUAGGCAAUCAAUGCUGAUGAAACCACAUCCUUUUUAUUGAUGUGUUGCCUUGAUUCAUAAUCAGAUGGCUUUUUUGAUCAUAAAUUUUGUGGUUUUUUUAUGUACGUAGUAUGUGUGGGACUGAAGUGCUGCUAAUUAACUGUGAAAAUUGCAUAAUGAUUCAAAGAUAACAUUUUUAUGACUACAGUAAUAUUAACGAGCAUCCUAUGAAAGUCUCAUGUACAUUAUUACCACUGUAGUCAAGCCAUUUGAACAAGUAAAAUCUUGCAAAUUUUGAUUGAUGCAAAAUAAAAUGAAGUUAUUUAUGCAUAUUUUUGUCAAAUUGAUGCCUGAAAGAAAAAGAUGCAUGAAAUUUCUUGCUAAAUAUUUGCAUUUUAUUUAAGACACUUAGAUUUAUUAACUUGUGCCCUGCCAAGCAAGUGAACUAUGCCACUAUUCUGUUCACAUUCUUGGAGAAUUCAUACAAUCUAUACAGUUUUGCGCAAAAGUUCUGUAAUUAAAUGUGUGAAGAGCAGCUUGCUUGUCAUUAUUAUUUACCUGGCUCUGCAUAAAACUAAAGCAAUUAAAUUAAAUUGUAAGGAAAGAGCGUAAAAAAACAAAUUAGUGUUUGGAUAUAUUGAUCCCGUGAUGUGCAUAAGUACUGUUGGCUGGGAUAAAGUUACCCAAGGCAAGACUUUUAGUCAAUUGUGUCCGUUCAAAAAUCAUUCGAAAUCGAAUAAUGGAUUUCUCAUGACUCGAUGCCAAGUACUGCAGCACAUUUCUUUGCAAUUAAUUCAUCUGAAGCUUGGUCAUGCAGUUACUUGAUUAUUUGUUUCCUCAAUAAUGGAAGUAGAUUAAGAUAAAAUUAGCUAUAUCAAUUUCAUCAGGAUAAUGGCCCAAAUCAUAGUAAAGCUAAUAUGCAGCAUGUGCUGAAGUGUCACCUGUUGGUUAAUCUUGUUCUUACACUAAGUAGAUCCCCUCCUGUGAGCUUCCUUACCAAAGCCAGCUGUAUUCUAAUUGGCAGAGAACAGCACAUCCUGCACAACUCAGCCUUCUGGUCAUAAAUAACAAGACUCACCCCCGGUAAUGCUGUAACACUAGCUAGCCCAUGUCCCAGGCUUAACAGUUAUGAAGGAGCUUAAUCACACCUUCAAAAUUAUAUUUAAUUAAAAUAAAUCAUUUAUAGUAGAAAACGCUAAAGUGUAAUUGCUUGUAGCUUAAAUGUAAGUUAUCUAGUACUUAUUCUUCCUGCUUUAUUUCUUCUGCUUUUUUUGCAAUUUGUGGAUAAAUUUUUCAAUUGUAAGUGCUGGGAAGCUAUAGAAACUCAUCUUGCAGCACUGGAUCUUCAAAGAGCAAUGGUGUUCAGUUGUAAAUGAGUUCAAAUCCCUAAAUGCCUAAAUCCCACCCCUUUACGUACAGCUAUAUACUAGCAAUCUUUCCUAUAUACUCUGUCGUAAUGAAGGGUCUCAACCUGAAAUGUUGACCUUUUGUCUCCACAACUGCUGCUUCACUCACCAAGUUCUUUUAGGGUUUUGUUUUUGUUGUAGAUUGCAGCGUUUGCAAUCUUUUAUUACUCCAGCAUAACUGUUUUGCUGUAAUCUGUUUUUGCUGUAUAUCAACAAAUUAGUGUUACCACCAGUAACUCAUCAUUAAAGUGAGUUCACAAGAAAAAUAUCUGCAAGUGUCCGCCAUCUAUUUUUUGAUGUACCUCUGUCAGAGAGACACUGAUGAUUGACAAUAAAGCCAUCAUCAAGUGGAAAAGUCAAAUUUCCUCCAAAGAAAUGCUGAGGAAAAAAUGAAAAAAGCCAAUUGUAAUUUUUAGGUUUUACAGAGCCUGGCCCUGUGGUUCAGAAGGGUAGGGAAGGGAAGAGGAAGGCAGUAGUUAUAGGGAACUCUAUAGUUGGGGGUCAAACAGACGAUUCUGUGGACGCAGGAAAGAAACUCGGAUGGUAGUUUGUCUCCUAGGUGCCAGGGUCUGGGACGCUUCCAAGAUAUCCUGCAGUGGGAGGGGAAACAGCCAGAGGUCGUGGUACAUAUUGGUGCCAAUGAAAUAGGCAGGAAAAGGGAAAGAGGUCAUGAAAAAAGACUACAGGGAGUUAAGAAGGAAGUAGAGAAACAGGACCACAAAGGUAGUAAUCUCGGGAUUGCUGCCUGCGCCAUGCGACAGUGAGAAUAGGAAUAGAAUGAGGUGGUGGAUAAAUGCGUGGCUGAGGGAUUGGAAGGGUGGCAAACAUUUAGAUUUCUGGAUCAUUGGGACCUCUUUUGGGGCAGGUAUGACCUGUACAAAAAGGACGGGUUGCACUUGAAUCCCAAGGGGACCAAUACCCUGGAGGGGGGAGGUUUGCUAAGGUUACUGGGAAAAGUUUAAAUUGGAAUUGUUGGGGGGUGGGAACCAAAAUGAAGAGUCUGGGGAAGAGGAAGUUAGCUCACAAAUAGAGAAAGCUUGUAGACAGUGUGAGAGGGAGGAUAGGUGAUGGUGAAGGUUCGCACUCAGACCGAAGGUUUGAGAUGUGUCUAUUUUAAUGCAAGGAGUGUUGUGAACAAAGCGGAUGACCUUAGAGCGUGGAACAGUACUCGGAGAUAUGAUGUGGUGGCCAUUACAGAGACUUGGAUGGCUCAGCAACAGGAUCGGUUACUUCAAGUGCCGGGUUUUAGAUGUUUCAGAAAGGACGGAGGCAAAAGAGGUGGGGGUGUGGCACUGUUGAUCAGAGAUAGUGUCACAGCUGUAGAAAAGGUGGAUGCCAUGGAGGGAUUGUCUAUGGAGUCUCUGUGGGUGGAGGUUAGGAACAGGAAGGGGUCAAUAACUUUACUGGGUGUUUUUUAUAGGCCGCCCAAUAAUAACAGGGAUAUCAAGGAGCAGACGGAAACGGAUCCUGGAAAGGUGUAAUAAUAACAGUUGUUGUGAUGGGAGAUUUUAAUUUUCCAAAUAUCGAUUGGCAUCUCACUAGAGCGAGGGGUUUAGAUGAUGUGGAGUUUGUUAGGUGUGAUCAGGAAGGUUUCUUGACACAGUAUGUAGAUAAGCCUACAAGAGGAGAGGCUGUACUUGAUUUGGUAUUGGGAAAUGAACCUGGUCAGGUGACAGGUAUCAGUGAGAGAGCAUUUUGGAGAUGGUGAUCAUAAUUCUAUCUCCUUUAUAAUAGCAUUGGAGAAAGAUAGGAACAGACAAGUUAGAAAAGCGUUUAAUUGGAGUAAGGGGAAUUAUGAGGCUAUCAGGCGGGAAAGUGGAGGCCUAAAUUGGAAACAGAUGUUCUCAAGGAAAAGUACGGAAGAAAUGUGGCAAGUAAUUCAGGGGAUAUUUGUGUAGAGUUCUGUAUAGGUACGUUCCAGUGAGACAGGGAAGUUAUGGUAAGGUACAGGAAUGGUGGUGUACAAAGGCUGUAAUUAGUCAAGAAAAGAAAAGUUUACAACUAGUUCAGAGCGCUAGAUAAUGUUAGAGAUCGAGAAGGUUAUAAAGCUACUAGGAAGGAGCUUAAGAAGGAAAUUAGGAGAACUAGAAGGGGCCAUGAGAAGGCCUUGGCGGGCAGGAUUAUGGAAAACCCCAGGGCAUUCUACAAGUAUAUGAAGAGCAAGAGGCUAAGACAUGAAAGAAUAGGACCUAUCAAGUGUGACAGUGGGAAGUGUGUAUGGAACCUGGAUGAAACAGCAGAGGUACUUAAUGAAUACUUUAGUAUUCACUAUGGAAAAGGAUCUUAGUGAUUGUAGUGAUAACUUGCAGCAGACUGAAAAGCUUGAGCAUGUAGAUAUUAAGAAAGAGGAUGUGCUGGACCUUUUGGAAAGCAUCAAGUUGGAUAAGUCACUGGGACUGGAUGAAAUGUACCCCAGGCUACUGUGGGACACUAGGGAGGAGAUUGCUGAGCCUCUGGCGAUGAUCUUUGCAUCAUCAAUGGGGACGGGAGAAGUUCCAGAGGAUUGGAGGUUUGUGGAUGUUGUUCCUUUUUUCAAGAACGGGAGUAGAGAUAGCCUAGGAAAUUAUAGACCAGUGAUUCUUACCUCAGUGGUUGGUAAGUUAAUGGAGAAGAUCCUGAGAGGCAGGAUUUAUGAACAUUUGGAGAGGUAUAAUAUGAUUAGGAGUAGUCAACAUGGUUUUGUCAAGGGCAGGUUGUGCCUUAUGAGCCUGAUUGAAAUUUUUGAGGAUGUGACUAAACACAUUGAUGAAGGAAUUUCGAGCAGUAGAUGUAGUGUAUAUGGAUUUCAGCAAGGCAUUUGAUAAGGUACCCCAUGCAAGGCUUAUUGAGAAGGUAAGGAGGCAUGGGAUCCAAGGGGACAUUGUGCUUUGUGGCUCCAGAACUGGCUUGUCUACAGAAGGCAAAGAGUGAUUGUAGACAGGUCAAAUUCUGCAUGGAGGUCAGUCACCAGUGGAGUGCCGCAGGGAUCUGUUCUGGGACCCUUACUCUUCGUGAUUUUUAUAAAUGACCCGGAUGAGGAAGUGGAGGGAUGGGUUAGUAAGUUUGCUGAUGACACAAAGGUUGUAGGUGUUGUGGAUAGUGUGGAGGGCUGUCAGAGGUUACAGUGUGACAUUGAUAGGAUGCAAAACUGGGCUGAGAAGUGGCAGACAAGAGUUCAACCCAGGUAAGUGUGAAGUGGUUCAUUUUGGUAGGUCAAAUAUGAAUAUGAUGGCAGAAUAUAGUAUUAAUGGCAAGACUCUUGGCAGUGUGGAGGAUCAGAGGGAUCUUGGGCUCCAAGUCCAUAGGACGUUCAAAGCAGCUGCGCAGUUUGACUCUGGUUAAGAAGGUGUAUGGUGUAUUGGCCUUCAUCAAUCGUGGAAUUGAAUUUAAGAGCCGAGAGGUAAUGCUGCAGGUAUAUAGGACCCUGGUCAGACCCCACUUGGAGUACUGUGCUCAGUUCUGGUCUCCUCACUACAGGAAGGAUGUGGAAGCCAUAGGAUGGGUGCAGAAGUGAUUUACAAGGAUGUUUCCUGUAUUGGGGGCAUGCCUUAUGAGAAUAGGUUGAGUGAACUCGGCCUUUUCUCCUUGGAGCGAAGGAGGAUGAGAGGUGACCUGAUAGAGGUUUGCAAGAUGAUGAGAGGCAUUGAUCAUGUGGAUAGUCAGAGGCUUUUUCCCAAUGCUGAAAUGGUUGCCACAAGAGGACACAGGUUUAAGGUGCUAGGGAGUAAGUACAGAGGAGAUGUCAUGGGUAAGUUUUUACUCAGAGUGAUGAGUGAGUGGAAUGGGCUGCUGGCAACAGUGGUGGAAGUGGAUAUGAUAGGGUCUUUUAAGAGGCUUCUAGAUAGGUACAUGGAGCUUAGUAAAAUAGAGGGCUCUUGGUAAGCCUAGUAAUUUCUAAGUUAGGGAUAUGUUUGACACAACUUUGUGGGCCAAAGGGCCUGUAUUGUGCUGUAGGUUUUCUAUGUUUCUAUGUAGCUGUUGCUAAAUUUGUUAGUGACACUAAACUAAACAAGAAGGUAAGUUGUCAAGAGAGUGGAAAGGAGACAAGGGGAUGUGAAUAACUGUUGGAAAAUGUGAAAUUGACCAUUUUGAUAGGGAAAUGUUUGAAAAAUAUCUACAAGGUCAGAGAUUAUGGAGGAAUCUGGAUGCCCUGGUGCCUGAGCCAUAUCAUGCUGAUAAUGCAUAUACAAUAAAUAAUUGGGAAAGCUCCCAAAAUGAUAGGAAUUAAUGCAAAAGUGGUGACAUUAUGCUUCAGCAAAAUAGGGCAUGAGUGAGACCACUUUUGGAGGACUGUGUGGAAUAGUACCUUUGAUUUUUGUCUGAAAAAAAAAUCUCUGAAGUUUGAGAGUUUUAGUAGCUCUUGCUCCAAGAGUGAUAGAAGCAAAAACUACAUUAUUUUUAAAGGCAGGAGUUGAAAAGUUACCAGGGUAAAAGGCAUGCAGAGUUUGAGGUUAUCAGUUUGAUAAUCGUAUAAAAUGGAAUAGGAUCUUAGAAUAGGAUUGAGAGGCCUCUUGCUACUUUAAAUGUAUCAAUGGGCAUAAGGUACCAAAUUUCCAGAAGUACUUGAAGGAGCAAGAAGUGUCCAGUCACUUUAGACAUCUGUAUUUGCUGAUCUGUAAAUUGAAUUUUAUUUAAUGCUUUGCUAGUCAUUUUUAAAAAGUCUUCAGUGAGAUAUCACUCUUUGUAUAUACAAAAAGAAUUAAUUAUCAGAAGGGUUUGUCAAGUUGACUUUCAUGUUGCUUUCAUAAGCUUAGUAAGCCUUUUUAAUGCAAACAGCUGAGGUAAAGCAACUGCAUUUAUAGACAUUAACUCUCAGGUGUUUUGUUUGCCACAUUCUUCCGAGAGUCAUAUUGCCCUGAGGUCCCUUGGGGAAGAUGGCUUUUGUGUAACUUUGUUAAACUAACAUGUAAUUGGGAAGAAUGGAGGAGUUCAGUGCACCUGCAAAGAGAAAAAGGUGGAUACCCAUUUGUACCACCUAUCUGAUGGGUUAGGCCUGACAAAUAACAGCCCUGCAGCUGUACAAUCUGUAAAAGCUUCACAGGAGACGGCACUCAGCCUGCAGGGCAGGCAAAGGCCUCUUCCCCACAGAUAGAAAUGAAUCAGAGCCUGUUUUCAAACAAAACUCAGCAUGUAAUAUCAAUACAGACAGAAGUAAGAUGUCCUGGGCAGAGAGCAAUAAAUUAGUGACACUGAUUGAAACGGAAAAUUGAAGAUCUGAAGAUAAUAUUCUGAAAGUACCUAAUGUCCAGACAGAAUCAAGAAGGGAAACCUUGACCUAAUAAACAAUGAGAUCCAUCUCCAUAGCCUCCUUUUCUCUAUGGAUAAAGGCAAUAGCCAUCCUGUUUCCACUAAAAGCAGGCAGAACAGUCUUGAUUACAAAAAAAAACAGAGCUUCUGAAAGCAUUGACAUUGAGUUGAAUUGUCAUUCGCCCAAGGCUUUUGAGACUCUACAAUUAAUUUGACUAAAAGAUUCUGAGAAGCUUUUUUUUAAAAAAGUUUCAGUUAAAGUCAAAAGAAGACUUGUGAUACACAUGCUAUGAGCAUGUCACUAUCUUACAAUACUUAAGAGGAGCUGACAAAAAUUGAUUUAGUAGGAUACAGAAUGGUGAUCAAAGUGCAUGAAGAGACUUCUUAAGAAACACACACAAAAUUCUGGAGGAACUCAGUAAGUCAAGCAGCCUCUUCAGAGAGGAUAACAGUGGGUAUUUUGGGCUGAGACCUUUCAUAAGAACUGCAAAAGAGGGGGAAUGAGUACAGCUGGUAUGUGAUAGGACCUAGUGAGGGGGAAGGUGGAUGAUUGGGAGGAGGUUGGAUGACGCAAGAAGCUGGGAGGGGAUUGGUGUAAAAUGUAAAGGGCUGAAGAAAAAAUCCAAUGGAGAAGACAGUGGAUUGUAGGAGAAAGGGAAGGAGGAGGCAAACCAGCAGGCGUUGAUGGGCAUGUGAGAAACGAAGACGUGAGAGGUCCCAGCGAUGUUUGUCUCACUUAGUAUUUCCAGCAUCUGCAGAAACUCUUGUAUUUAUCUUCCUAGGAAGUUUAUAAUAUUCAAUGAAUAACUUAACAUGGGUACAUGCAGACAGACUGAAAGGGAGAAGUUCAGUCACAUCCACGUCAGAAAUGAGUCAACAUGCACCAGUGUAUAUCAAAGGAGCAGUAGUAGAGUAAGUCAGCAGUUUUAAAUUCCUGGGCUUUGGUGUAUCAAAUGAUAUGCUCUGGGCCCAGCAUAUUGAUGCAAUCACAAGAAGAGCAGUUCAGCAUCUUAGAAGUUAAGGAGUUUCAACAUGUCACCAAACACUUAACAAACUGCACUAGAUUUACUGUUGAAAGUAUCCUGACUAAUUGCGUCAUUGUCUGGUAUGGCAAUCUGAGUGUGCAGGGAUGCAAGAAGCUGCAGAGUAAUGGACUCUGCCCAAUACAUCACAACCACGUCCCUCCCCAUUACCAGUAGUCUCUACGUGAUAUGGAGCUACUGUCGGGCAAGAGGUAGAGAAACCUUAAAUCCCACAUCGCCAGAUUCAAGAAUAGCUACUUUUGCUUCAACCAUUAGGGUUGCAUCAGCUCUUCUUCAAGCCCUAAUCACUACUGCAUAACAGCACUAUGAUCACUGAUCACUUUGCAUUAAAAUAGAGGUUUUUUGUUUCUAAUUGUGUUUUUCUUGUAAAAAUUGUAAAAACUUUGUUUUUCUUAGGAAUGCUGCUUAUCUACAGUAGAUGUAUAUGCCAAUGAUGCUGCUGCAAGUAAGAUUUUCUUUGCAUCUGUGAGUACGUGUGCUUGUGCAUCUGACAAUAAAUUUG